AGCCACUACAAGCGUUUCCUGGGUCUCCUUUGCUAAAAAUGUGUUGCAGUUCCUAAUUCUUAUUUCUUUUACUACGUCUUGAGCUACACUAAAAGAAACUUUCGCUGUGUCGCGUCUCGCAUUUGCACAUAUGCUACCUUUGUCAGCUACACCUGGAAGCGACACCAAGAAAUGCUUCUUCCCGGCUUAAGACUACAAGAGAGAGAAUUCUCUCAUGCGCCUUGCCCAGCAGGUAAUGGCACGACGAUUGGAGACCAGCAACAGUUCGUCGUGUUCUGCAAUACUCGCCUCCGAGGAGACGAGCUUUUCCGCCAAAAUGUUGAUUCACUUACUACCUGCACCAAUAUAUGUUCAUCUUUCCAAAAUCCGCGUUGUGAAGGCGCGCAAUUCAGCGAUAAGAGCGACUGCGUGCUUAUUGGGAAUCUGAAGCCAGGACGCUCGCGACCCAGUCGCUUUUUCGACGGUGCGGUGGCGGUUUUCCCACAGCCGCCCCCAACAAGCUCGUGCUCGCAACAGGGAACUGGCAACACCUUUCUCAGCCAAAACUCCCGAUUUACCCUCCAGUGUGGCAAGAUUGCGAAUGGCAAUGACCUCGAGCAGCAAUUCCAGAUGACGCUCGAGUCAUGCAUCGGUGCAUGUAGCGCUAAUUCAGCUUGUGCUGGCGUUAGCUUUGACCCUCAGCAGUCGGCGGGUUUCAAGAAUUGUUAUCUGAAGACAGCAAUAGAUGAUGCGAACGUCUUUUUGAAGACGGGGGUCGAUUCGGCCUUUCUCGCGAACAAUGUAAACCAGGCGGCAGAUCCGGAUCCAAGUACAGAUGUAAUAAGCACAACGCUUACCGCUGCGAUUUCCGAGUCUACGACUUAUGUGACUGUGGUUCCAGAACCUGGUACGGUGUCCAUACCGGUUACCGUAGUUCCUACUUCAAGCAUGGCCGCUCUUGGAGUUGCUACGUCUAAUGUCCCGACCAACGCCGCCUCUGCUGGAGCCGACGACGGCCUGGGCAGCAUGAACGACAAUGAACGCCCAAAAUUCGGUGGUCCCAGGCCGAGCGCUUCAUCCAACGCCUGGAUUGCUGCCCCGGUCAUUGGCGGCAUCGCCGCACUAACGCUCGUUUUGGCUAUCAUUGUCCUGUGGCAACGACGCCGGCGGCGAGAGGUUUCCUCUUUCCCCGAGAGGAAGGCAAGCUCCAUGUCCAGAGUUACCAGAGGGCUAGGAGACGCUGCUAAUUACAUGUCUCGUGGCCGAAUGCUCGGCGUUGAUAAAACGCGACUGAGGGACUCGGAGUCGGACGACGAUUCCCGCUACGGCAAUAACCGCGGCGGGUUUAAAGUCGUGAGCGGUAGCGGGCGUCGUCUAGGUCUUGACGGACAACCGAUAGCGCUUGGCACGGGGCCGGGGUUGGGAGGUAUGAUUGUCACGACUGGCGGAGGGAAGGUCGUGGAUAGGUCCGACAUAAGUAGCGGCAGUUCGGCUGGGCUACGGGAUAGCCAGAACGGACUACGCCAGAACAAGCCUUGGUUUGAUUCGCGACCUGGGAUACCAGCAGAAUUCUCGGGCCCCAGCGAUCGAUAGCCUGGGGUGAGGCGCUCUGUCAAGGACAGGACCUCUCUUUGUUUAUUUGAGUGCGCGUGACGAAAGAUAGAUGCGAUGCUAGAAGGGGACUUAUAUACCAGAUGAGGGGCGCUUAGAGCAAAUCUCCUUAUCUUCGCUUCUUUUCACUCAUUCAUGUUGCUGAAUUAUUGUCGCGCUUUAUUUCCACAU